AUGGACGCUUAUGAGAAGCGGCCGACCGUCUACGUCCUGGGCAACAGCGACUCCGACCCCACCGGCGUCGUUCGGACGCGCGGCGGCUGCCUGCUGAGGGUCUGGGACUACUUCAGGGAGUUCUGCGAAAGCACCAGCCUGCACGGCCUCAAGUACGUCGGAGAGCCGGGGAAACCGCACGCACAAAGAGUAUGCUGGGUGCUGACCUUCCUGCUGAGCCUCUCCGUGUGCUGCGUCUUCAUCUGGCAGGCCAAGCACAAGUGGGACACGACGCCGGUCAUCGUCACCUUCGCCGAGUCCUCCUACCCGGUCAGCAAGCUGCCCUUCCCCGCCGUCACCAUAUGCGGCGAGGCCAAAAUCAACUACUUUCUCUUCUCCUACCAGCAGAUGUAUGAACGGAGGGACAACAUCACUGAAGAACAGAUGAAGAAGCUCCAGUAUGCCGCACUUGUCUGCGACGAGGACGUGGAAGUACUGGCUAACGAUACUACAGACGACAAUGCUAUUGACUUCCUUCUUGAGGUGGCUCCUGGCCUCUGGGACACUGUGCGUCGCUGCCGGUGGCAGUCCAAGGACACCUCGUGUGGCGAGCUUUUCGACACGAUCAUCACAGACGAGGGCGUCUGCUACACGUUCAACGGCAUCGAGUACGAGGACUUCUUCACCGAGAAUGCGUACAGGAACUCGAGCGCCCGCAGGUCCCGCAGCCGCGCCGUCAGCCGCUGGUCGGUGGACGACGGAUACGUCACCGGUAACGACGAGGGCAGCGACGAGGCCGGCGACGACGAGGCGGUGUACCCCAGGCGCACCAGCGCCGCGGGCGCCAUGGCCGGGCUCGACUUCAUCCUCAGCACCGACGAGCAAGACGUCGACGCCUCCUGCCGCUGGCCCGUCCAGGGCUUCAAGAUGCUGCUGCACAACCCAGUGGCGUUCCCCGACAUGAGCUCGCAGUUCUUCCGCGUGCCCGUGGACCGCGACCUGGUGGUCACCGUGCGGCCGGCCGUCAUGAUGACCUCGGAGAGCCUGGUGGACUACCCGCCGGAGCGCCGGCGCUGCUACUUCACGAGGGAGCGCAGCCUCUACUUCUUCCGCUACUACAGCGAGGAGAACUGCCGGGCGGAGUGCCUGGUCAACUACACGGUCCGUGAGUGCGGCUGCUCCGCCUACUACAUGCCCAGAGAGAAGGAGGUGCCGAUCUGCGGAGGUUCAAAAAUGCCCUGCGUAAAGGAAGCGCAAAGUAGGCCUGCAGAAAGCCCGUUUACAUUGCUUGAACUUCACGUGCUCCUGAGCUGUAGGUUCUACGGUGACACUAAAAACCUCACAGCUUGCCAGUGUCUACCGGGCUGCGUUGAGAUAAACUACAACAUUGAGACCUCACAGUCUCAGAUUUUAUGGAGGAAGUACCUGGAUUUCAACCCUGACGCGAUGCAAUUUUUUCAGAACUUCACUUUCGGAAGGGUGGUGAUAUAUUAUAAAAACAGCCAGUUCAUCCCCAGUUUUCGCACUGAGCUCUAUGGAUUUACCAGUUUCUUAGCCAACUGCGGCGGGCUGCUGGGUCUCUUCCUGGGCUUCAGCGUGCUCAGCCUGGUGGAGUGCCUUUACUUCCUGACCGCCAGGGCCUACCUUUUAAGAGAAGAUAGUACUAAGUACUUAUACCACCAGCGACUAGCAAGUAAACUGGAGAGCACAGAGAGAACAGUAGAAGAGGAAUACGAACAUAUAAAGAAGGGCAUAGGUGAAACAACGAAGGAAGCGCUUGGAGAAUACGAGAAGAAGAUGAAACCAGUUUGGUGA